AUGCACCUGCUCGAGAGCCCCUACACUCGCACAGCUCUUGCACAGGCUCGAAUCGCUUUCAUCUGCGAUGCUCCACCACCAUCAUGGGUGUACACGACUCGACCCAGGCGUACAUACCGCGAAGCAGGUGCGCUGAUCUGCUCCGGUGCCAAUGCGAGCUCUCGAGCUCCUAGCACGAGCCUUCCCACCUUUCCGACCUUGAGAAGCAGCACCGCACCAAGACAGCUUUUCUUCGUUACGCCUCGCCAAAGUGCGCGUACCAGGUCUUUCUCGGCGCUGAGCAUCGCUCUGGACAGCUCGAAAAGGGAGCAGAAAGCAUAUGCUGAUCUACCCAUAUCCAGCGAAGCUGCUCUACCUCCCUGGCAGCCCGUGGGGGAGAAGAGACGGCCAGGCAGAAAGAAAGGGAAAGGAAUGGGUGGUGGCGUGGCAUCAGAAGAGUUUUCAGCUUCUGCUGCGGAUGGCUCUGAGCCAGGAGCUUCAAAAGGCAACAGGGGCGCGAAGAAGAAGAAGCAGACGUGUAGCGGCGAUACUAGGAGCUCGAGCGAAGGUGCUGGCUUGCAGCAGGACCAAUCGAGUCAGACAUCAUCGGAGGCGACCUUCGAUCGAUAUGAUCGUGAGUGCUCAGGUCGGUAGCAGCAUCAGCCAGGUCUUGGUCAGAGCUGAUGGAACACGGAUGCCCACCCAAUCAGCUCGAGAUACAACAUUGCCAAAUUUGGCAAGGAGCGUCUUGGCGGACAUGCAGCGCUUUCCUGGCUGUAUGCUGCUCACCCGUGUCGGAGGCUUUUAUGAGGUGCGUGCUGCCCACAUGUACAUUCCUAAAAAGUAGCCUUGAAAUAACGUUUCGAUAUCCACAGUCAUACUUCGAUCAAGCCCCACAACUUUCCAACAUGCUGGGCAUCAAAUUAGCACAAAGGUUGUGGGGUGGACGAACGAUAGCAAUGGCUGGGUUCCCGAUCCAUCAACUUGAAAAACAUCUGAAGAUUCUUGUCCAGGAUCACCACAAAUUAGUAGCCAUAUGCGACGAAUUCAAGAGCAUCACAAAUCAAGGUGGAGCUGAGAAGGCUGCUACUUUGACCAUGGAUAUACAACGCAGAGUUACUCGCGUCAUCAGUCCUGGAACUUUGAUUGAUGAACGAUUUUUGGACCCCUUCAAAAGCAACUGGGUGGUCGCUGUCUCGUCUCAAAGUGGCGAGUCUCAUCUCUCGAGUCAAGAGCACCAGCUUGCCCCAAAUGGCAUUGUACAAGACGCUUAUGGUCUCGCUUGGGUCGACGUCAGCACCGCUGACUUUUUCACCACUACGUGCGCUGAUGGAGAAAGUCUGAGGGAUGAGUUGGCGCGUAUAGGCCCUUCUGAAGUGGUACUCGAAAGUGGAGCUUUCGACAAAGGUCUCUUAGAUGCCACUAGAGCAAGCGGGCGCGAUGCGACCCUCAACCAGCUCGGUGAUCCAAUAGACCCCCUACCUCAUCCCAUUUGGGAGGCUCUCAACCCGCAUACGGUCCACAUUUCACUCUGCGGUGCGCCGCACCGUUCGCACGACGGUGACGUAGAAGCCCGCGCUGUUCUGCAGCUUACCGAUCAUCUCAGAGGACGCUUGAUCAGUCACGGAGAUGGGGUAGAGGCGUUGGCGAAAGAAGGUCCAACCCAUCGAGCGAGAGAAGAGACGAUGCUCAUCGACGCAAACACGCUCGCCGCUUUGGAAAUCAAACAGAGCAUGAGGGAGAAUGGAAGCGUCAGGGGCAGCUUGUUGUCUACUGUUCGACGGACGGUCACCAAAGGUGGCACCCGCUUACUGGGACAGUGGCUUAGUAAGUGGUCUGAAACGGCCUUGCCGUUUGUCUAAUGUAGACAUUCUCACCUUGAACGAGCCUUUUGGUCUCCUCCGCUCAGCCUCGCCAAGCACAUCUCUCGAGCUCAUCAAACGUCGUCAAUCAAUCGUAGCCUUUUUCGUCAAUCGAACUUUCUUGCGAGAAGACCUUCGCGCGCUGUUGCGGCGAGGAGCUGGCGAUGUCUCGCGGGGACUGCAGCGUAUCACGACCGGUCGCAACGACGAGCAAGAUCUAUUGGAAAUUCGCGACUUCAUCGUCAUGACCCAGGAUCUGCUAUCUCUGUUGGACAAAGAGAUGGCCCAGCUCCGACAAGCGCAGCAGGUGACUCAAGACGACGUCUUAAUUGCAGGCUUGGAAAAUUUAGAUUUAAUGAAGGAGCGCUUCAAGAAUCUGGAAGGGCUGGGAGCUCGCUUGGUCGAGGCAAUGGACGAAGCGGUGCUCGAACAGCGUCUCAGGAGGCAGGAGGCGCUCGCUCGUGAGGUCGAAGAGAGCUUGCUUGAUGACGAAGCGCGCGGCGAGAUAUCGAAUGGCGCCGUCACGGUGAGAAAGAAAAAAGGCAAGCAGCCCGGCGAGCAGGACGAUGGUGAAAGUUCGGACGGUUGGGGAGACCCUUUUGAGCACCUGAUUCGGCCCAGGUGAGCAGCCACGGCUGAUUCCUGCCCACUGGACGGGAGGUGGACUGACAGCAGGAUUGCUGCAUCUGAUCAGCUCAUCGCAUCAGCUUCGAGUGACGACCGAAAAGUACGAAGCCACUAGACAAGCGGCAUCAAGACUUCAACGACACCUGCAGGAGCGUUAUCACGAUCGAGUGACGCUCAGAAAUGUUUUGGCUCAAGGCUACGUGGUACACUUCGCAGGAGCAGAUCGGAAGGGCAACCUCAAGAUGCGCAACAAUCCCGAGGACGAGAUGACGGCUGGACAAAAGCUGAAGACCACGCAAACUUGGUAUCAUCCUGAUUGGAGCCGGAUCGGUGCAGAGCUAAUGCGAAGUGAAGCCGAGAUCAAGAGGUUAGAGAAUCUGGAAUUGGUUCGCCUCCGUCAGGACGUGUUGGGACAGCUCACAGCAAUACGUCGCAAUGUACGACUGGUGGACGAGCUGGACGUCCUACUGGGCUUUGCGCAGCUGGCUCACGAUAAUGACCUGGUCAGACCCGAGUUGGAUGAUUCAUCGGACCUGCAGGUGGUCGAAGGACGGCAUUUGAGCGUAGAGAUGGGGCUAUUGGAGCAACACAGAAUGUUUCAACCCAACGAUGUCACACUCUCGCCCACCUCGCGCUUGCACGUUAUCACCGGGCCCAACAUGGGAGGUAAAAGCACAUACUUGCGACACGCGGCUUUGAUCGCCAUCCUUGCCCAGUGUGGCUCAUUUGUCCCAGCCAAAUUCGUCAAGCAAGGAAUCGUGGAUCGCGUCUUCAGUCGCGUCGGAGCUAGGGACGACGUGUCUCGCGACCGCUCCACCUUCAUGGUGGAGAUGAGCGAAACGAGCGAAAUACUGCGACGAGCAACGAGCAGGUCUUUGGUCAUUGCCGAUGAGAUUGGAAGAGGAACGACUACGGAAGUCGGCAUUGCUAUUGCUUUCGCUACCUUGCAUCAUCUAUACGAAGUCAACAGAUCGCGAACUCUAUUUGCCACGCAUCUACACGAGCUUGCGGACAUGCUUGGAUGGAGCAAAGGUCGUGAGACGGCAAGUCGCGUCGGUGGCCGCUUUCCUCACGUGGACUUCUUUUGCACCGAUGUGGACGUCUUAGAGGUGAGUUUCGGAGCUCAAAUGUUUUACAGGAUGCCCAAGUAUGGCUCGCUGACGCAUUCCACCUUAACCUUGAUUUGGCAGGACGGCGCCAUCUCCUUCUCCCACAAGCUCCGAUCUGGGGUGAAUCGCGAUUCGCAUGGAUUGCAGGUCGCGCAAUUGGCAGAGAUGCCACCACAGGCUCUCCGAGUCGCGCACGCAACCCUUCAAUGGCUAGAGAGUGCUGAAACACCAGCUGAACAAGGCUCCGUCGAGAGCGAUAUUGUUGCCCUUGCCGUCGACCUUUCAUCUAUGUCUGCUGCCAAAGUCCAAGAUCUCGAUCGCUUGAUAGCAACGGCGAUCGGUACCAGCGUCGAGGUGAAGUGA